GGGGGAAUGCUAUUGUUGGGAAGCUCUGAACCAGCUGUGACCCCAUCAGGAGGAGGUGGUCUGGGAUGAAACUGACAGGGGUUUGAUUCCCUGCAACAAGUGUUGGUGCACACAAAGCCUUCGCCUUCAGUUACAGCACUGGCAGCAGUCGGUCAUUCUCAGGCGCUCUGUCCAGGAGCUAUUUCGGGUGCGGUGUUGCAUGCAAUUCAUUUCAAAGUCUUGGCACCGGAUUUUUUUUUUUAGGUGGUGGUGGUGGUGGGGUGUGUGUGUGUGUGUGUGUGUGGAGGGGUGGUGUUGGGGGCUGCCUCCUGCCCUUUGCACAAAGACUCGUUCCUAUAGCUGAAAGGGAAGAGCUCGGAAGGAGGAAUAAACCCACACGGAGAGCCAUGGAGAACAGCCCCAUCCCUGUGGUGACUGUGCAGACUGUGCCUCACGACGAUCAGAAACCCGGGAUCAGUGGUCUGAGGAAGGAAUGUUUCGUGUUCGAGAGCAAGAGGAACUAUCUGCAGAACUUCAUCCAGAGUGUGCUGUCUUCAAUAGACCUGCGGGACCGGCAGGGCUGCACCAUGGUGGUGGGCAGUGAUGGGCGAUACUUGAGCAGGACAGCCACAGAGACCAUCGUGCAGAUGGCAGCUGCCAAUGGGAUUGGGCGCCUGGUGAUCGGUCAGCAUGGGAUUCUCUCCACUCCUGCUGUGUCGUGCAUCAUCAGAAAGAUCAAGGCAAUCGGUGGAAUUGUUCUUACGGCCAGUCACAAUCCUGGUGGACCAGAUGGGGACUUUGGAGUUAAGUUCAAUGUGGCCAAUGGAGGCCCGGCUCCCGAAACCGUGACUGAGAAGAUCUACCAGAUCAGUAAAACUAUAGAAGAGUACGCCAUCUGUCCUGAUCUGAGAAUAGACCUCUCCCGACUGGGAAGACAAGAAUUUGAUCUGGAGAACAAGUUCAAACCGUUUCGAGUUGAAAUUGUGGACUCAGUGGAGGUCUACCUCAACAUGCUUAGAACCAUCUUUGACUUCACUGCAAUUAAGGCAUUGCUAACUGGACCCAAUCAGCUCAAAAUAAGGAUCGACGCUAUGCAUGGAGUUAUGGGUCCCUACGUGAGACGGAUACUCUGCGAUGAGUUAGGGGCACCUGCAAAUUCAGCUGUAAAUUGUGUUCCCCUUGAGGACUUUGGGGGACAGCAUCCAGACCCCAAUCUCACGUAUGCUUCCUCUCUGCUAGAUGCCAUGAAAGGAGGAGAGUUUGGGUUUGGGGCAGCUUUCGAUGGAGAUGGGGAACGCAACAUGAUCCUCGGCCAGAAUGGAUUCUUCGUCAACCCCUCGGACUCUCUUGCUGUGAUUGCUGCCAACAUCUUCUGUAUUCCAUACUUCCAGCACACAGGCGUCCGAGGAUUCGCACGAAGCAUGCCGACCAGCAUGGCACUGGACAGGGUAGGAAAAGCCAUGAAGAUCCCAGUAUAUGAAACUCCAACAGGCUGGAAGUUCUUUGGGAAUUUGAUGGAUGGUGGAAAAUGUUCCCUUUGUGGGGAAGAGAGCUUUGGCACAGGAUCAGAUCAUAUUCGAGAGAAAGAUGGUCUCUGGGCUGUCCUUGCAUGGCUCUCUAUCCUUGUGGCAAGAAAGCAGAGUGUGGAAGAGUUAAUGAAGGAACACUGGGCAAGAUUUGGUCGUAAUUAUUACUGCAGGUUUGAUUAUGAGGAAGUGGAUUCCCGGGUCGCGCACAAAUUGAUGAGGGAUCUCGAGGCUGUCAUCACGGACCGAUCCUUCGCCAGUCAGCAGUUUGCUGUUGGAAAUCACAACUUCACGGUGGAGAAGACAGACAACUUUGAAUACACUGACCCCGUGGACGGCAUAGUGUACAGAAACCAGGGGCUGCGGAUGAUCCUCACAGAUGGCUCCAGACUCAUCUUUCGGCAGAGUGGAACCAGGAGCACGGGAUCCACCAUCAGGAUCUAUGCAGAAUGCUAUGAACGGGACCCCACCAAAAUCGACAGAGAGCCUCAGGUGGUGCUGGGCCCACUGAUAGCCAUCGCACUUAAGAUUUCACAGGUUCAUGAUCGGACAGCACGCAGAGGUCCUACAAUCAUUACCUGAGCUCACCAGCAUGCACUCACGAGGGGCCAAGAGAGAUGUUAUUUUCUUUCUGUUGACGUUCUGCUUGAGAUUUUCACAUCAGCCGCCUGUACUGUUACAUCUUCCUUCCUUCUGAAUGAAGAUAAUGUGAAAAAAAAAGGGAAAAUUAAACAAACAAUUUGUAAAAUUACAAGGUUACUCAACUUUUGCUUUUUAUGUGCUUGUGUUAACUAUACUUGUGUAUUUUACAAAGAGCUACUGUGUUAUUCUUGCAUGAUGUGUUUGAGUUACCAAUUCCUAUAUAAGAGGACUGUGUGUUGGUCAGUGACACUUAUAUUUUACUUCAGUGUAGUCACUCGUGGCUUUGUGCAAUUAUAAUUGUAAGCCAUUGUUAUGUAAGCCAAAGCAAUUGUAAGCCAUCGUUAAUGAUUCAAAUAGUCAAGUGCUUUCAACUUGUUAAUUUUUUCCAAGU